AUGCCUUUCCUGGGGAAAGAAACUGCCCUAUACUGGCGAGGGUCGUCGACGGGCGGCCAAGCAACUCGAUUGAACUGGAGACAUGGACAUAGGGAGCGAUUUGUUAGCUUCACUCAGUCGCUUCAGAAUGCGGCCCAGGUGCUUGGUGCAAGCUCCUUCUUGGGGUUGAAAACUGACAAGUUAAACAAGGAGCAGAUCAAGCUAUUCCAGGAGGUAUUCGACGUUCAUAUGGGAGCUUACAUACAGUGUGUCGACGAGGCUUGCAGCGAAAUGGAGCGAGUCCUAGGCCCUGCAGAUCGUGAGCCAGAAGAUACGACUUCGAACUAUCGAUAUCUCUUCGACAUUGACGGAAACAGCAUGAGCACGAGGUUCUACCGUCUGCUGUCUAGGCAGGCGGUAGUCUUGAAGCAAACUUGGUUUCAAGAAUGGCAUGAUGACCGCCUUAUCCCUUGGGCCCACUAUAUUCCCGUCACCAUGACCAUGGAAGAGCUUCCCGCCUUGAUUGAUUUCCUCGUCAAUGAUCCGGAGGGGGAGGCUUUAUCUGCCGAGAUUGCUCUUGCUGGGUCUGCCCGGUCACGAGAAGUUCUACGAGAGAUCGAUAUGUCUAUUUAUAUCUACCGAUUGCUACUGGAAAUGGCGGAAUUGUAUGACCCGAAAAACGCUACCGAUAGUGUCUGA